AUGAAAGUUACCCAGAAGAUUGAGCGGGCCGAAGCCGAGGGCCGCGACUACUGGUCCUUCGAGUACUUCCCGCCAAAGACCGAGAUCGGUGUCGCCAACCUCUACGAUCGUAUGGAGCGCAUGUACACCCUCGGUCCCGAAUUCAUCGACGUCACCUGGGGUGCCGGCGGCACCUCCUCGGACCUGACCAUGCAGAUUUGCAACACGGCCCAGGCUGUUUAUGGACUCGAGACCUGCAUGCAUCUGACCUGCACCAACAUGCCCCGUCAAAAGAUCGACGAUGCGCUGAGGGAAGCCAAGAACAACGGCAUCCAGAACAUUCUGGCCCUCCGUGGCGACCCCCCUCGUGGUGUUGAGAACUGGGAGGCUUGCGACACCGGCUUCGCUUACGCCUCGGAUCUCGUCAAAUACAUCCGCGCCCAGUACGGCGACUACUUCUGUAUCGCCUAUCCCGAGGGCCACAUCGACAACUCCUCGAAGGAGGAUGACAUGCAGCGCCUCAAAUACAAGGUCGAGUGCGGUGCUGACUACAUCGUCACCCAGCUCUUCUACGAUGUGCCUCUGUACCUCAGCUGGCUCAAGGAGGUCCGAGCACUCGGUAUCACCAUCCCCAUCCUGCCUGGCAUCAUGCCCAUCCAAAACUACGGUGGCUUCAAGAGAAUGACCACCCUGGCCAAGACCUAUGUGCCGGACCACAUCACCGAGGCCAUCGAGCCCAUCAAGGACGACGACAAUGCCAUCAAGCAGUACGGUAUCCGUCUCGCCGUUGACAUGUGCAAGGCCCUCAAAGCCGGAGGCGUUCGCGGCUUCCACUUUUAUACCUUGAACCUGGAGCGAUCUGUCCGCCUGAUCCUCGAGGGUCUUGGCUUUGUUGCCCCCAUCGAAGUUGCCAAGCCCCUGCCGUGGAACCCCUCGCUUGCCAAAAACAGAGAAAAGGAGAACGUGCGCCCUAUCUUCUGGAAGAACCGUACCCGAAGCUAUAUUCUGAGAACCGAGGCUUGGGACGACUUCCCCAACGGCCGCUGGGGUGACGCGAGAUCCCCAGCCUUUGGUGAUCUCGAUGGCUACGGCGCCUCUCUGAAGCACACGCCUGCCGAAGCCCUGAAGCUCUGGGACAGCCCCGCCACCAAGGAAGACCUCUACAAGCUGUUCUCGGACUACUGCAAUGGCACUCUGGUCGCUCUCCCCUGGAGCGAUUCGCCUCUCUUCCCCGAGUCCGAGAUUAUCCGAGCCAAGCUCGCUGCAGUCAACGGCAAGGGCUUCCUGACGAUCAACAGCCAGCCUGCCGUCGAUGGCGCUCCCUCCACUCACCCUGUCUAUGGCUGGGGCCCCAAGAACGGCUUUGUGUACCAGAAGUCGUACCUCGAGUUCUUUGUCGCUCCCGAGGCUCUCGAUGCCCUCGUUAAGAAGAUCGAGGGUCACCCGUUCCUCACCUACUACGCCGUAAACCGCCAGGGCGAUCUCCGCACCAACAACCAGUCCGACAGCCCCAACGCCGUCACCUGGGGUGUGUUCCCUGGGCAAGAGAUCAUCCAGCCCACCAUUGUUGAGGCCGUCAGCUUCCUGGCCUGGAAGGAUGAGGCCUACGAGCUGUGGAACAAGUGGGAGGGUCUCUACGAGGCCUCUUCCGCCAGCGCCAAGCUGAUCCGCGAGAUCUCCAGCACCUGGUUCCUCGUCAACCUGGUCGACAACAACUUCAAGGACGAUCAGGCCAUUUUUGAACUCUUUGAUCUCUAA